AUGAAUUAAAUUAAAUAUAGUUUUUGCAAAGUCAGAAAUCUUCUUUUGUAAAAGCUCACUUAAGAUUUUACUCCUGAACAUUUAAGUAUUAUAAAUGAGAGUAAUUUACAUUCUGUUCCAAAGGGUUCAGAAACUCAUUUUAAAAUUACAAUUGUUAGCAAUGAAUUCGAAAAUAAAAGCCAUAUACUAAGACAUAGAUCUAUUUAUUAAUCUAUUGAUAAUGUUUGAUAAUAUAUAUUUAUGAUAGCUAAAAAAUGAUUAUAAAAUUCAUGCCAUCUAAAUAACAGCUAAAACAUCUAAUGAAUGGUAGAAAUCUACAGAAGUUAACCCUACUCCAAGUUGCAGAGGAGGAUCCAAAGUGAAAUCUAGCUGA